AUGUUUAAGCUCGUCGUGUCGUUAGUGUGUGGAGCUCUGUUGCUGUCAACAGCCUCCGCUGUCGUGAAUAACAAUGCAAAUCAAUCGAAUCAAGAAGCCCAGCGUAGGGAAGCACCAUUGGCGGAUUCCUACGGUCCACCUCCAGCGACUGGUCCCGAACUGCCUGCCCCUGUCUAUGGAGCUCCUGCAGUUGCUCACUAUCCACCGCCUCCACCAGAUCUACCACCGCCAGCUCCGGUUCUACCACCGGUGCAAGUCCCUCACAAGGAGUAUGGAGUUCCGGUCCAAAACUAUGGUCCGCCAAACGUAAACAUUGAGUACGGACCACCACCAGCCCCAGCUCCGAAACCCAUUUUCCAUUCAUAUCCCAAACCUCAAUACCACGGACCACCACCGACGCACCAUAAGAAAUCUUCCUCCUUCCUGGAGCAACUGUUCUCGACCUUCGGGUUCGGAGGAGGCGAUGACGACCAUCAUUCCCAUCACCAUCACGCUCCAAAGCCUGUGUACGGGCCACCAUCUCAUCCCGCCCCUGCCUACGGACCUCCCGCAGGACCUGUACUUCCUCCAAAACCCGCAUACGGACCGCCCGUACCUGCUCCACAGCCCGUAUACGGUCCUCCACUGCAUCAGGCCCCACCCAAGCCGUUGUACGGUCCUCCUAAACCAGCCUACGGUCCGCCGAUCCAGUCUGGUUACGCCGUACAAUCGUCUUCCUUCGGACAUCAAUCCGGUUCCUUCGGACACCAUCCGGCCGCACCGGUCCAUGCUCCACCUACUCCUCCGGAGAUCAAGUGUGACGGAUGGAAACCUAUUGCCGGACCCGUCGUUCAACCCGAAGUACACGCACCAGAAUCUUCGUACGGACCGCCACCAAGUGGUGACUUCUUAGGCACUCAUCAUCAGCUGGAAUCCAGCGGUGGAGUCGUGAGCACCGGCGACAUCGGGCUGCAACUGCCUAAGUUGGAACAUGGGCCCGUUUUCAAUUCCCACUCAGAUCUCCAUUCCGGAUUGGAUCUGUCCAAGGGUAACAGCUACGAGGUUCAUUCGAACUUUAUCAGCGACUCUUAUGGAGCUCCCCCGGCGGACUCAUUCCUUCCCGGCAAAUACAAACCAUCAUUUACGAAACCUCUACCCCCUCCACCACCGCCGCCCCAGAAGUUACAUUUCCCCCCAGCCCCCCAUUACGGACCACCGAUGCGCCAUCCCGGGCUCGGCAUCUCCCAUGGCAGCGUCAGUGGAAAUCUCAAACCAUGGCCCGUAUCUGGAUCGCCUCCACGACACCCCAUCGCUUACCGUCCACCGGUACCGCAAGGUUUAAUCGAAUCGAUCGGCCAUGCCGUUGAACAUCAGGAAAACUUUGGCACCAAGCCGGCCUACUCCGGUGAUGUUUAUCUGCCACCACCAACGCGUGAUGUGGCGCAUUCCGGGCCUUCCAGCUUGGAAUUGAACUCACUACCUUCGGAACAGCCAGCCAAACCGUUCCUCACACAACAUCAACUGCCCGAGGCGCAAGCUUACGUUCAGGAACCACGUUACCAAGCGCACGAUGUGGUGUCCGUCUCCAGUGACUGUGGACAUGGGCCAACCUCCGUGGACGUGCAGCAAUCGAUCCAAACGAAUCAACUCUCCAUCGUAGGACCAUCGGCAACCGCCAGUUACUCGGCCGAUUAUAGUAACAGCAUCCAGGAGCACUAUAAUGGGGAGAGUUCCAGCAGACACGUCCAAACAUCUAGCUUGCCCGGUCUCGACGGUGGUCUUGGCGGAUUGGAGCUAAUUUCCGCCCAGAAAUCCCAAAGUCUUACCAUACCCGUUCAGGGCCAACAUGGCUCAUACCAGCUACAGUUCCAGUCGGCCGAUCCGCAAGGUGCUGGGUCAGCUCCACACGAACAGAUCCUUUCCGAGGGACUGCUGCAAUCCAUCUUGAGUGCUAUCGAACAGCCUCAGCAACAUCGGGCAGCGGAAGAGCACGAUUCAUACGAUCCCAACAUUGAUCACAGCGAGGUGUCUGUGUUUUUGAAAAGCCCCGAAGGUCAGAAAACUCUACAAGAUCAUCCUAAUGGACACAUAGGACAUAAACGAUGA